CCGUGGGGUUUUGUUUUUUUUCCUUUUCCUGUCCGCAGGCAAAGUGGAGAACAUUACUUGUCACCAUUCGCUCGUCCAGGCGCUGGAGGCGCCGAGUGCAGUCCGACAGGGUCUUUGGGAUUAAACUGCGUCUCCCGACUCUGAAAUGUCUCAGGACUGGAGAUGCAGCUCCACGUCUGUCUGUUGCUUCUCAUUUCCACAGCAGAUGCAACAUCGGCCUCGUCGCCUCGCCGCUGCGGGGGAGAUGUCAGCCUGGGCCGAGAGCCCGCUGGCCGCGUCAGCCUCACUCUACCUGGCCCCGUCGCCGGCCCCGGGCGGCCCCACUCCGCGGACCGCCCGUCUGACGGAAGCCUCCCACUCUGCACUUGGAUGAUGGAGGUUCCCCCGGGCCGGACGCUACUCCUGAAGGUAGAAAGGGGCUCGAGCUUGUCGGUGCGCUGUGCGCGGCGCGAGGGAGACCCUGACCGGGCCCUGGAGAGCGGCAGGACCGCUCUGCUCUCCGGCUGCGACGGAAACAAGGCCGCCCUCACGUGGACGGGAGCAGGGCGCUCCUCGAAUGCACUGCGGCUGUCCUAUUACGUCCAGGAAGAUGAGAGGAAUUCCUCGGAGGACCACACCGGCCCACAGUCACAGACAGGAACCAGCUCCACGAGCACAGCCCCCCUGAGUCACAAGUCGGUGAGAGGGACACAGGGGGGGGUGAGGGGUCGCCUCCACGAAGGCCCGGAGAGGAGUCGGAGGCUUCGGUCCGAGCUUGGUCCCUCCUCUGGGGACAAGGGGCUGCCGCACCCCACCUCACCCCUGCAGGGACUCGGUGUUGCUGGGAGGGGAACUCUCCCUCUUCCUGAGGAAGGGCCACACAAUGGAGCGGAUACAUCUGGACCUGCUCGCCGCACUGAUGGUCGCGUAUCUGCGACACACCCCUAUUUCCAGCAUACGAACUCAGACGGCCCCCCUCCAACUCUGAUGCCACUGACGGCCGCAACAGCCAGGGGCUCCCGGGCCCUCCUCGGCACAGGCACGCGCGCGCGCGCGACCCAACGCGCGGGCAGACGUACGACCGCGCAGGCUCACCCCUCCCCGUCGGCCUCCGGCGCCCCGUCUCCCGCCUCUUCGUCCCUGCCCACCCGGGAGACUGCCACCGUCCCGAUCCCACGUGCCGGCGCCGUCAGUGGGACGCCCGGAGAGAACGGAUCCCAUUCCUGGAGGAGUCAGAGAAGCGCGGAGAGACUUGACUCUGAGCACUUGACCUCUGCCGUCACCUCUGACCCUUCACAAACAGCCACGGAGCCUCUGCAGGGCGACUGUAGCAGUGCACGCACUGACAGUGAACCGGCCGAAUCCUCUCCAUUCUCACAGGAGCAGGGCAACGCUCGUAUGUCGUCCUCCGCCCACGUCACAGAGUUGGACGCGGCCGUUGGCACCGCGGCGGCCGCGUCAUUUCAUCCGGACAGAAGUCGAACCGGCUCGCCUGAAUCCGCGGCGUCAGCUGUUUCCGCUCAAACUGCCGCGUUCGAGCCCUCGCGCGGAUCCGGCAGCACCGCGGAGCUUCGCGCUCCCGCGUCUUCCUCGCGUCCUCGAACAAGCUCUCCGCGAGGCACCGAGAGCCCCGCGCGCUCUCCUCACGCGGCCUCCGCGUUGGGGACGACAGAAGCCACGCGGAGACACCUGGUCGAUGCAGACGUGAGCGCACACACCAUUCGCCCCUCGCCUGCCGUCGCCGAAGUCGAAGACCGAACCUCGAGCUCCGCGCGCUCGUCCUCUGCGCCGAGCGCAGCUCUGACGUCGGCAGACGAAAACUCGCGCUCAACUGCCGAGACGCACUCGCUGCUUCCCACUCGGUCGCCCACGGGUUCCGCCGCGCCUCCUUCGCCGUCCAGUACGUCCCCGCGUCGAUCUGCAGCUCCACACACGCCGCACCGGGCGCGCUCUUCUCCGACGCCUGCGAGUGCGCACGCCGCUCACGCGGCCACGUCUGCGACCCCGGUCAGUGAACCCACCGCGCCUGCAGCCUCGGCCGACGACCACACUGCGCCCACAUCCUCACGCGCGCCGACGAUCCAACCGACAUCCUCACGCGCGCCGACGAUCCAACUGACAUCCUCACGCGCGCCGACGAUCCAACCGACAUCCUCACGCGCGCCGACGAUCCAACCGACAUCCUCACGCGCGCCGACGAUCCAACCGACAUCCUCACGCGCGCCGACGAUCCAACUGACAUCCUCACGCGCGCCUUUGCCGUCUCCUGCCAUCGUCCCUGCUACGCAUGGACAGACCCAGAACUACGUUACUACUACUACUACUACUACUACUACUACGGGUACGUCCCUGUCAUCUACUACUACGGGUACGUCCCUGUCCUCAGUCACGGCUGCAAAAUCCGAUGAUGGCCACAGAGAGGUGGAUGAGGAUGAGUCUUGGCAGCACACUCCCACAGCUACACCGCCACUACAGCCGCCCUGGACAACCCCUCAUCCCAGUCGGGAGAGCCGUGUGGCCCCCACGCCUUCUGCCCCGACCGCCGCACCCGCCCGGAGCUCCACUGCGAGUCAGACACCCAGGUUUUACAUUGUCCCGGACCAGCCCGCAACUGUCAAAGUGGAGUCAAUUGAGCUGCUGCUGCAGAUCAUUGUCGAGGAGUCCGGGUCGGCCCUCGGCGCCGGCCUGGAGGAAGACACCGCAGCCUGGAUGGAGCCGUAUCUGCAGAAGGCCCCCGGGUUCGGCCGGCUGCAGGGAGUCUGGAGCAGUGGCCACGCGGUGCAGAGUCUGGUGGAGUUUAAAACCAGCGGCGCUCUGCAGUGGCUCAGCGCGGCGGGGCCCAGCUCCCUGCUGGAGAUGACGGGACUCGCUCAGGCUGUUCGUCAGGGGAAGACGUUCCGGUCGUCCAAGAUCAGCAACAUCACACUGGGAGGUCUGCAGGGUGACGUGUGUGACUGGUUACUGCAGUGCCCCGCGGGCUACAAAUGUGUGUCCCAGUCAGGCGCGGCCAACUACAACUGUUCCUCUGUCUGUCGCUUUGACUACUGCCACCACCACGGCAUCUGUACGCACCAUCCAGGCCAACUUCCGGUUUGCCGCUGCCUUGUAGGAGAGGACUUCUGGUACAUGGGCCAGAGGUGCGACGUGAGGAUGACCCGGGCGCGGCUGGUGGGCGCGUGUCUCGCCGUCUUACUCGUCAUGGUGACAGUCGUCGCCGCUUUGGCGUUUGUGGCCGUCCGGCGCUACCGGGCCAUUCUGAUCCAGGCCAAAGUCGAUCAGACUCGCAGCAGUUAUCGCAGGUUCAACCACUUUGAUGAACUGUCGGGUCGGUUCUGGUUGCGCUCGUGGGCCGGAUCAGCCGACUCGAUGGACAAUCCUGCCUUCACGCGGUCCGACGAGUUGCUGCACCUGCGGGCGCUCGACCGUCCCUGCUGCUACCAUGACGACACACUGUCUCUGGCUUCCACCAGCCCCAGCCAUGGAACACACAUCAACACAAUCUACCCACACAGCUCUCAGUAUGGCUGGAGGGGAAGUGGAAUGAGUGUGGGGGAUGGCGUGUUGGACUCGGGUAAGGCCAGUGACCUUUCCGUCUGUAGCUGGCCUGUGGAACCCAUUCACUGGACUCCGUUCCCCCUUCUGCAGCAACUGGCCUCCAACAGGACACCCACAGUGAGGGUUUCGAGGCCUCGGUCCUACUGUGAGGGCAUGGAGCUGGUAGACCUGGGGAAGAGCUGGACUGCUUGACACACACACACACACACACACACAAAGAAGAAUCAAAUCUGUUCUUACACUGGUAUUGACUUCCUACAGCUAAAAUGUUCUUUUUGUAAUAAAAAAAAAAGUGAAACAAUAAGUGUAUUUUCUUUUCUGUUGCUACAUUUUCCAAUAUGUUUCUAAAGAAAUUGUGUGAGAACAUUGCUAACUCUGUCCUGUUUGUAUCAGGAAUAAAGACUGGGAAACGGGGGCAGAGAUCUGUCAGAAGGUUAGACAAGUGUGUUAAUAAGUGAACCUUGGAGAUGCUUAAAUGUAAACUACACACAGAAACAACCCUGAUUGGCCGACAGCUUCGAACCUAGAACCUUCUGCUCGUAAGGACACAGUGCUAUCCACUCCACCAACCAAGAUUCAAUCAAAUGCAACAAAAUAACAGGUAGUGGAGAAUCCCAUUUGGAUUAAAGCAGACACAGAGGCGACACACUUGAGCACAUUUGAAAAUCCCAAACUGGACCGAGACCACCACCCAGAAAGACCGGCACAGUUUCUGAGCGCACCGCCGUCAUCUGCAUGCGCCACACCCAGUGGACGCGGCACGACCAAUCAGAGGCCGCCGUGCGGAAAGUUCUCCUUUUAUGGAGAGGGGGCUGCAGCGCGAGCGCCGAUAAAGCCCUGAGACUCACUGGCCGCCGUCGCAGUCGAGUUCAGACGCUAAGUCCCGCCGGAUAGUACCGCUCAUUCACAGACCUCCCUCCAGCCGAGAACCAACCCCCCUCACACAG